UUCGUUGCUUUGCAAGGUGUAGAGAUUGCACGCGUCGCUUCUUCGCCUCCUUCGACGACUUUCCCUUGCUGUCGGAUCGGAAGUUACCACAUUUUGAUCGGAAGAAAGAACGGGAGCUCGCUGGUGAUCUCCCUCCACGCACACACACCCUGCAGUUGAGUCCGGGGCUUAUCUCACCGCCGUGACUUGGCGCCUGCCGCAUCUACUAACGUCGUCGGACAUACGCUUUUGAACGUAGUGUCGUCAUCAAACUUGUCCAUCGCUGCAUCUUUGCUGUUCGGCCCCUUUUUCCCUUCCCACCGUGUUAAUAAGUUUGAAUUUAAGUAUGGAGGAUGGCAAUACUGGAGAUGCUACAGUUCUCACAGAAGUGGGUUGGUAUGUUCUCGGGCCAAAUCAAGAGCAACUAGGACCUUAUGCUUUUUCAGAGUUACAAGAGCAUUAUGCAAAUGGGUACAUUUUAGAGAGCACCUUGCUAUGGUCCGAAGGGAGGAGUGAUUGGAUGCCACUGUCUUCAAUUCCUGAGCUCUUUGCAAACAUGCCUAUCCAUAGUUAUGAUUAUCCUACUGCAGGUGAAGGAAUGCCAGAUAGUGUGGAUGAUUUUGCAAAAUGGCAAAAAGAGAUCAGUGAGGCUGAGGCAGGAGCAAAGGAUUUGAAACCUGGAAGGGAAACUGGCGACCAUGGAGAUGGUGAUAGCGGGGAAAUACAGAAAGGAGUAGAAACCAAUCUCGAAGAUAGGCCAGGGACUCCGCCAGAGGAAGAGGAGGAAUUCACUGAUGAUGAUGGGACUAUGUACAAAUGGGAUCGUGGUCUAAGAGCAUGGGUUCCUCAAGAUAAUUUAAUUGCAAAGGAAGAAUAUGGAACUGAAGAGAUGACUUUCUUAUAUGAUGAGGAAGUAUUACCAACAUUUGGCACUGCAGAUGCCCCUGUAGUUGAAGGGAGUGCUGCUGAUGCUGAGAAAGAAGAAAAGAAGUCCAAAACUGAGAAGAUAUCUGAAGCAGAGAACAAGUCAGAUGCUGAAAAGAAGCCUGAAGCAGAGAAUAAAUCCGAACCUGAAAAAAAGUCUGAUGGAAAGAGGAAGUUGCCUGAUAAUUCCACUCAAAAGAAGGAAUCAAAUAAAGUUCCAGAUAGUUGGUUCGACUUAAAGGUCAACACACAUGUUUAUGUUACUGGUUUACCAGAUGAUGUUACGGCUGAGGAAGUUGCUGAAGUGUUUUCCAAGUGUGGAUACAUUAAAGUGGAUCCUGACACUAAAAAGCCUCGGGUGAAGAUAUAUUUUGACAGAGAAUCUGGAAAAGUAAAAGGCGAUGCACUUGUCACAUAUAUGAAGGAACCUUCUGUUGCAUUAGCAACCCAAAUUUUGGAUGGUGCACCUUUCCGGAGUGAUGGGAAGAUCCCUAUGUCAGUAACACAGGCUAAGUUUGAGCAAAAAGGAGAUAAAUUUAUUACGAAGCAAGUAGAUAAGAACAAGAAAAAGAAGCUGAAGAAGGUUGAAGAUAAGAUGCUUGGGUGGGGUGGCCGUGAUGAUGCAAAACUCUUGAUUCCCGCAACUGUUAUACUAUGGAAUAUGUUCUCUCCUGCUGAAUUAAGGGCUGACGAGAGUCUCCUUCCAGAUCUUGAAGCAGACGUUCGAGAAGAAUGUGUAAAUCUUGGUCCAGUUGAUUCUGUUAAGGUCUGUGAGAAUCAUCCACAAGGUGUUGUCUUGGUUAGAUUCAAGGAUCGGAAGGAUGCCCUAAAGUGCAUUGAGCUGAUGAAUGGAAGAUGGUUUGGAGGAAAGCAAAUACGUGCAAGUGAAGAUGAUGGUACAAUUAAUCAUUCUCGCAUUCGAGAUUUCGAUGCCGAUGCUGAGAGAUUGGAGCAGUUUGCUUCAGAACUUGAGGCUGAGUGAUGAAUAAACCUGGUCAAACUGAUACAAUGAAGGUUUAGGUUUCGUUUCGGACAACUUUUUCAUUGCUUUCUAAAACGAUUUUUUAGUACAAAAGUUUCUAAUUCAAGAAAUUUUUAACUAAAAUACUGUUUAAAAAGCAUUAAGAAAGCUGUCCCAAAUGAACCGGUAGCAUUCGAUAGGGUUACUGCUUAACCUGAUCAAUUCUUGCAUUUUCUUGGUAGGGUUAAAGAGUCCUUUUGCAAUGCAAGGAUUUAUAUAUAAACCCUUGGGAGUCUUGCAAUGUUGGCAUGCAUUUAGUGGUUAUUUUAAGCACCUGAAUGCUGUAAAUUACUAAAUUUUAAAGAGAUUAUUGUCUCUUUGUGCUCUGAUUUUAAGUUAAAUUGUCACCCAAUUGAAGUAAAGGGGGUUCGAUUCUGUAUAAAGUGCAUUAGUAGAAUAUCAAGGAUUUUGCUGAAUGGUAUGGAUUAGAAGAUUUUAUUGAA